AAUAAAAAAUGAGAAACCAAACAAGUUCAAAGUGAAACGAAAACCAUAGAACUAUAUGCUAGGUGUUGAGUACUUGAGUUGAAGAAAGAAGAAGCCAUAACCCCUCACUAAUCUUAUUUGUCUUUUUCUCUCUCUCUCUCUCUCUCAAACCACCAUGUUAUUACCACUACUGUUACACCUUCUACUACUCCCCUUCCUCUUCUUCACUCCCUCUUACUCCGCCACCACCGCCACCAUCGGCGUCAACUACGGUACCGUCGCCGACAACCUCCCUCCCCCCACCACCGUAGCCACCUUCCUCAGAUCCCAAACCACAAUCAACCGCAUCAAAAUCUUCGACACCAACCCGGACAUCCUCCGCGCCUUCGCCAGCACCGGAAUCUCCAUAACCGUCACAGUUGGAAAUGGCGACAUCCCCAACCUCUCGAAGCUCCCAGCAGCACAGUCAUGGGUCUCAACCAACAUCCUCCCCUUCCACCCAAAAACCGCCAUCAACCGCAUCGCCGUCGGCAACGAAAUCCUCGCCACCUCCGACAAGGACCUCAUCGCACACACCGUUCCUGCCAUGAAAGCCCUCCACCAAGCGUUAACCCUCGCAAACAUCACAACCGUCCAAGUCUCCACACCACACUCCCUCGGAAUCUUAACCUCAUCGGAGCCUCCCAGUUCGGGUCAGUUCCGACCCGGUUACGACAAAGCAAUCUUCGCGCCAAUGCUCGACUUCCUCCGCCAGACGAAAUCACCAUUCCUUGUCAACCCAUACCCGUUCUUCGGAAUCGAUCCGAACCGACCAGAUAGCUUGAACUGGGCUCUGUUCAAACCAAACGGUGGCGUUUUGGAUUCCGUAACCGGUUUGAACUACACGAACAUGUUUGACGCUCAGAUGGACGCGGUUUUCUCUGCGAUGAAGAAGUUGGGAUAUGAUGACGUGGAGCUUGUGGUGGCGGAAACGGGUUGGCCCUCAGCGGGUGAUCCGGGUCAACCCGGUGUUGGUUUAGACAAUGCCGCGUCGUAUAACGGGAAUCUCAUUAGGCAUGUUAAUUCUGGCAAGGGUACUCCCCUUAUGCCUAAUAGGACAUUCGAGACUUUUGUAUUCUCUUUGUUCAAUGAAAACCUUAAGCCUACAAUUUCGGAGCAGAAUUACGGGUUGUUUAAACCCGAUUUGAAACCCGUUUAUGAGGUUGGCCUUUUGACCCACCGAGAGGCAAUGGGACCCACAGCGGCACAAGGACCUUCAUCAUCGGGUUCUGGUGUAGGUUCGAGCUCAAAGAAGUGGUGCGUGCCGAAAACAAACGCGAGCGAGAAACAGUUACAGGCCAAUAUUGACUUUGCUUGUAGCAGUGGAAUAGAUUGUGGGCCCAUAAAGGAUGGUGGGCCUUGCUUCAAGCCCAAUACGGUGAGGUCACAUGCCGCAUAUGCCAUGAACGCUUACUUCCAGGCAUCUGGUCGCCACGCUUUUGACUGUGAUUUUGGCAACACUGGAGUUAUUGCUUACACCGACCCUAGUUAUGACACUUGUACAUAUCCGUAUGCAACUACUGCCACCACUACUGCGGCGGCUGAAGGACCAGCUGCGGGGUUAAAGGCGAGAAAGUCCGAUUCUGGUGACUCAAUUAAACUUGGCGUUUCAAUACUAAUUAAUCAUGUGAUUUCUUAUUUCAUAUGUAUACUAUUUUAUUUUGUUUUCUGAGUGUUUUUUUUCUAUUAUUGUUUAUGUCAUUCUAAUAAUGUUAUGGAUUUGCAUAGGGUCCAGGGAGUGCUUAGUAGUUAGUACCUAGGUUUAGGGUUAGAAGUGUGAGGCUUUUUUUUCCUGGUUGGCUUCAAUUCUCUCCCAUUAUCAAUUAGCUUGUUAACCUUAUUAUAUUAUAAGGUAAAUUGAUUA